CCGUCGGGUGGCAAAGGACCCGGAAGCUGCCGGCGCGCCGGCGAAUCCCGCGGUGACAGGUAGACGGCGGCGGCAAGAGUAUGCAGGGUGACCGGUGGUCCGCGGCGCCCGGCGCGUUAGUUCCCCGACGGCGGCGGCGGCGCGCGGCGGCUCUCGCGUGAGCGGCGACGGCCAGAGCAUCCAGCGGGCGCUGGGAGGGAGGCUCGCGGGGCCCGCGGCAGCGAGACGGACCGGGGCGGGUGGGCGCCACGCUCCGCCCGGAGGCGACGGCACCAUGUGGAGCGGCCGCAGCUCCUUCACCAGCCUGGUGGUGGGCGUGUUCGUGGUGUACGUGGUGCACACCUGCUGGGUUAUGUACGGCAUCGUCUACACCCGCCCGUGCUCCGGCAACGGUAACUGCAUUCAGCCCUACCUGGCUCAGAGGCCCAAGCUGCAGCUGAGCGUGUACACCACCACACGGUCCAACCUUGGUGCUGAGAACAACGUGGAUCUUGUCUUGAACGUGGAAGACUUUGAUGUGGAGUCCAAAUUUGAAAGGACAGUUAAUGUUUCUGUACCAAAGAAAACAAGGAAUAACGGGACACUGUAUGCCUAUAUCUUCCUCCAUCAUGCUGGCAUUCUGCCUUGGCACGAUGGGAAGCAGGUGCACCUGGUUAGUCCUCUGACCACCUACAUGGUCCCCAAACCAGAAGAAGUCAAUCUGCUCACUGGAGAAUCUGCUGCACAGCAGAAUAUCGAAGCUGAGAAGAAGCCGAUGAGUGCCCUGGAUGAGCCUGUUUCUCACUGGAGACCAAGAUUGACACUGAAUGUGAUGGUGGAUGACUUUGUCUUUGACGGGUCCUCCCUGCCUGCCGAUGUGCAUCGAUACAUGAAGAUGAUCCAGCUUGGGAAGACCGUGCACUACCUCCCCAUCCUGUUCAUCGACCAGCUCAGCAAUCGGGUGAAGGACCUCAUGGUCAUCAACCGCUCCACCACCGAGCUGCCCCUCACCGUGUCCUACGACAAGAUCUCACUGGGAAGGCUCCGCUUCUGGAUCCACAUGCAGGAUGCUGUGUACUCCCUGCAGCAGUUUGGGUUUUCAGAGAAAGAUGCUGAUGAAGUGAAAGGAAUUUUUGUUGAUACCAACUUGUAUUUCUUAGCGUUGACCUUCUUUGUCGCAGCAUUUCAUCUUCUGUUUGAUUUCCUGGCAUUUAAAAAUGACAUCAGUUUCUGGAAGAAAAAGAAGAGCAUGAUUGGGAUGUCCACCAAAGCAGUGCUCUGGCGCUGCUUCAGCACUGUGGUCAUCUUCCUGUUCCUGCUGGAUGAGCAGACAAGCCUGCUGGUCCUGGUCCCAGCGGGUGUUGGAGCCGCCAUCGAGCUGUGGAAAGUGAAAAAGGCUCUGAAAAUGACUAUUGUUUGGAGAGGCCUCAGGCCCAAGUUUCAGUUUGGCACCUACAGUGAGUCUGAGAGGAAAACCGAGGAGUAUGACACUCAGGCCAUGAAGUACCUGUCCUACCUGCUCUACCCUCUGUGCAUCGGGGGCGCCGUCUACUCACUGCUGAACAUAAAGUAUAAGAGUUGGUACUCCUGGCUAAUCAACAGCUUCGUCAAUGGGGUGUACGCCUUUGGCUUCCUCUUCAUGCUGCCCCAGCUCUUUGUGAACUACAAGAUGAAGUCGGUGGCCCACCUGCCCUGGAAGGCCUUCACAUACAAGGCCUUCAACACCUUCAUUGAUGACGUCUUCGCCUUCAUCAUCACCAUGCCCACCUCCCAUCGCCUGGCCUGUUUCAGGGACGACGUGGUGUUCCUCAUCUACCUGUACCAGCGAUGGCUCUACCCUGUAGAUAGGAGCAGAGUGAACGAAUUUGGGGAAUCCUACGAGGAGAGGCCCCAGCAGAAACCCCACACACAGUGAGCCCUGGCCUGGGCCGCCCUCGAGCCACUAUGCAGCACAUCUUGGAUGGUCAGCUGACUGAGUAUUUUUGAAUGCUUCUGGUGAAUUCCUGGACGUUACACCUUCUACAUUGCCAAAACCUCUGAGCAUUUCUCAUACGUCUCCUGAGUCCCGUCACGAGGUGUUUGAGAGGAGCUGGCUUCACUUACAGUGUCCCCAGCGUGAAGACAUCUGUCUCAGUCACUGAGAUGUUGGGCGCUUGUGGUCAUCCUUGGCCGUUGGUGGCUCUCGUCACAGGAGCGUCCAGUGUCUGCAGUGGCUAUGCCAUCACCGUCACCGGUGUCCCCCGACCUGGCGGACUCCGGAGGCAGGGAGGUGCAGGUUUCCACCUCCAGUUGUCUGUAAGUGCUCCUUACGUGAAAUUCAAAUGCCUCUAAAUCCAUGCUGUACAGACUCUGGGAUCAAAUGGCUUUUUUCCUUUUUGUUAAAACUUGACUAUUUUAAAGCUUAAUGUAUGUAUGUUUCUAUAUUAAAAUAAAUUUCUCUGGCUGUAA